AAUUUGCAAUUGCACCCACAAGAGACGUUCAGCAGUUUGGACUCUGAGCUCAGAAAUCCCCUAGCAAAACAAACAACAACAACAAAAAAGAAGCUACAGGGGUAGGCGACGUUUUGAGUGUGACUGAAGUGGAAGUGAAAGUCAGGCUCCAGGCUUUUCUUCAUCCAUGGCGUCCAGUAUGAGGCAGGACGAGACUCUGAGUCUCAGCGAGGAUCUCACCUGUGCCAUCUGCUGUGAUCUGUUCCAAGAGCCGGUCAUGCUUGGCUGCAUGCAUCACUUCUGCAGGUCAUGCAUCACUACCUACUGGAGAGAUCUUCGAGGUCCAGCGAUGUGCCCUCAGUGCCGGAAGGAGUUCCCCAAAAAACAGUUUCAGACCAACUAUCUGGUGGCUGGCCUGGUCGAAAAGGUCCGAGCCAGUUCAUCAGCUGCGUCUGUGAGGAAUUUACAGAAGCAGAUGAAGGACGGUCUGGACCCACGGAAAGAACAGCUGAUUGCCAUGAUCCGUAAAGACGAAGAAGAGAUGAACAUGUUAAGAAAAAUGGGAGCUGAUCUCAAGGAGAGAGUGUGUCAUGAUUUCCAGGCUCUGCAUCACUUCCUGCAAGUGGAGGAGGCGGCCAUGCUGGAUCAGCUGCGGCGGGAUCAGAUGGAGCUGGAGCACAGCCUGGAACGACACCUCGAGGCUCUGCAUACAGCAAUUCGAGAACCGGGGCAGACAGUGGGCUCACUCCAAAUGGCUACCAGCACCCUGCCAGAAUUACAUUCCAGACCACAUGUUCCAGGACUUUCUAUUGAAGGUUUUAAGAGCAAAUACAUAGCUCCUCUUCAGUAUACUUUGUGGCGAAAAAUGUUAAAAAAUUUAAAACCAGGCCCACUUCCAGUGACCUUCGAUGAGGACACAGUUCAUCCAAGCCUCCAGCUCUCUCGAGACAGGACCCAAGUGGUUGAAGCUGAAGCCAUGCUGCCCUACAAACCGAAUCCGAAGCGCUUCGUUCAGUGUGUUAAUGUUCUCGGAGCCCAAGGUUUCCAUACAGGCAGACAUUACUGGGAGGUGGGCGUUGGCACCAAGCCCAAGUGGGACAUAGGUGUUGCCCUGGAAACAGUGAAUCGAAAGGCACGUGUGAAGCUGUGCCCCAAUAAUGGGUACUGGACACUGCGUCUGCGCAACCACACGGAGUACUCAGCAGGCACCCAACCCUGGACCCCAUUGCGUGUGACCUCUCGACUUCUAAGGAUUGGGGUCUUUGUGGACUGUGAGGAGCGUACAGUUUCCUUCUACAAUGCUGAUGACAUGAGCCUGCUCUACUCAUUCUCCAAUGGGCCCAAAGGGAAGGCUUUUCCAUUCUUUAGCACGUGUCUGAGUGAACCUGGACAGCGAGCUCAGCCGAUCUAUCUCCUGCACUUCCCCAGCAUGGCUGUCUGAGAAACUUCAGAUCUUUAUACAUACCUACAUACAUGCAUACAUGUAUAUGCACACACACACACACACACACACAAAAUACCAUUUUCAAUCACUUAUUCAACAGAAAUAUCAUUAGAUGUGAUAUUCUUCUGUGGAAAAAGUAAGUACACCGUUGGCCUCAGAAGGUAGUAUUGCCCCCUUUAGCAGAAAUAACUUACUCUAGGGGUUUUGCAUAAUUGUCCACCAGGCUUGCUGGAAUUUUUGACCACUCUUCCAUGCAAUAUUCUUUCAGUUGCAAGAUGUUUGAGGGUUUACUUGCAUGUUCUGCCCAUUUGAAAUCCCCCCCCACAACAUUUUAAUAGGAUCCAAAUCCGGGCUUUGGCUAGACCAUUCCAUAACCCUCCAUUUCUUCUUAUUGAGCCAUUCCUUGGUGGAUUUGCUAGUGUGCUUAGGAUCAUUAUCCUGUUGAAGGGUCCAUUUUGGUUCAACUUCAACUUUUAGACAGAUGGCCUCACAUUAUCUUCAAGCUCUCUUUGAUAUUAUGCAGAAUUCAUGUGUUCAGAUGUUUUUUUUGUUUGUUUGUUUUUUUGUUAAGUUGUGAAAAUGACUACAAUAUGUCAAUUUUAUGUGUCAUUUGAUAGUGUAUCACCUUUAUUAGUAUCACCUGUUUCUAAGAGGACCCACUAUGUAAAAAAUCACCAACAUGUAUACAUUGUCUUUAUUGUUGAACUUUUUGAUCUUUUCUUUCACAAAAAUAGUCUGUGCUCUUGGAUAUCAAACAAUAGAAAACAAAACACAGGUUUAUCAUAUAUAUAUAUAUAUAUAUAUAUAUAUAUAUAUAUAUAUAUAUAUAUAUAUCUUUGUUAAAUAUAUGUGUGCCACAAUUAUUGGCACCCUUUUAAUCAAUACUAUGUACUACCUCCAUUUGCCAUGAUAGUUCUGAGUCUUCUAGAACACCUGAUGAGGUUGGAGAAUACAUGGCAAGGGAUCUGAGACCAUUCCUCCAUACAGAAUCUCUCCAGAUCCAUCAAAUUUCGAGGUCCACGCUGCUCUUCAGUUCACCCCACAGGUUUUAUGUGGGUUUCAAGUCAGGGGAUUGGGAUGGUCAUGGCGGGACCUAGAUUUUGUGGUCAGUAAACCAUUUUUGAGUUGAUUUUGUUGUAUGUUUUGGAUCAUUGUCCUGCUGGAAGAUCCAGCCAUGGCCCAUUUGAAGCUUUCUGGCAGAGGCAGUCAGGUUUUCAUUUCAUAUCUGUUGAUAGAGUCCAUGAUGCCAUGUAUCCUAACAAAAUGUCCAGGUCCUCUGGCAGAAAAACAGUCCCAAAACAUUAAAGAGCCUCCACCAUAUUUAACUGUGGGCAUGAGGUACUUUUCCAUAUGGCUGCCUCUCUCUGUGUCAAAACCACCACUGGUGUUUAUUGCCAAAAAGCUCUAUUUUGGUUUCAUCUGACCAUAGAACCCGAUCCCAUUUGAAGUUCCAGUAGUGUCUGGAAAACUGAAGAUGAUUGAGUUUGUUUUUGGAUGAGAGUAGAGGCUUUUUUUCUUGAAACCCUUCCAAACAACUUGUGGUGAUGUAGGUGACUUCGGAUUGUAGUUUUGGAGACUUUCUGACCCCAAGACACAACUAACUUUUGCAGUUCUCCAGCUGUGAUUUUUUUUGGCCACUCGAACCAUCCUCUUCACAGUGCGUCGAGACGAUAUAGAGACGCGUCCAAUUCCAGGUGGAUUCAUAACAUUUCCAGUUGACUGGAACUUCUUAAUUAUUGCCCUGAUGGUGGAAAUGGGCAUUUUUAAUGCUUGUGCUAUUUUCUUAUAGACACUUCCCAUUCUGUGAAGCUCAACAACCUUUUGCUGCACAUCACAGCUGUAUUCCUUGGUCUUACCCAUUGUUAUGAAUGAGUAAAGGAUUUUGGCCCAUGUGUUACCUCAUAUUUAUACCCCUGUGAAACAGGAAGUCAUGGUUGAACAAUUUCCUGUUCCUAGGUGUACUAAAUGUAAAAUAUCAAUGGGAAUAUACGUCAAAUAAAUUUCUCAUAUGAAUUCAUAGUGGUGCCAAUAAUUGUGGCACACACAUAUUUAAUAAAAACCUUAUUUUGAUAAACCUGUGUUGUUUGAAACUGUUUGAUAUCCAUGAGAGCAGAGAAUUUUUUGUGAUUUUUUUUUCAAAGGAACCCCGACUGUGAAGACUUGAAGGCCUUAACAUGCAAUAAUUGCCCUUAUACUAAGAUAUCUUGUUAGAAACCCAUGAAAUAUGUUCAUUACUUUAAAAAUCCUUAACAUUUAAAACAUAUUUUAACCUAUGGAGGCUGCCAUUACGUGACCUGCGCAAUGCACUCUGAGUCGAUGAUGUAAAUUGUUGCACUUUAGCACUCAAAAGAAUUAGCUACUAGCCCCCGCAGCAGGAAAUGAAUGCCACACUGUGCUGCUUUUGGCUGUACUUUUUCUAGUUCUUGUGUGCUGUGAUGCCAGGGCUAUCUGUAAAUAUAAUCAAACCCGUAAGCGUCUUGUUAGUGCCGUUUGUUUCUGUAUAUUCUCGUAACAUAAAGCUCCUGUAAAAUUAGCCUAAAACACAAGACGUAAAAUUAAAGCAGUUCUUGAACCAUUUGGAGUACAUGCAUGGUUUUGGUUUCUUUUGAAAGGUGGAGUAAAUAUUUUUACAUAAUUGGAUUGUUUGGAUCUUUGCCAGUGUAACGACUGUUUUUGUCAGGAUGUUAUGGAUUAGUGGAUUACUAUGAGGCUUCAUAUGAGGUGAGUUGCCUCCAUUUCGUAAGUGUUUGUUUGUUUGUAUAUCGGUGGUCUGACAGAGACAUGGAUUGUAGCUGCUGUUGUGAUUGUAUCUCAAAAUGGUUUAUAUCAACCAAAUCACAAGAAUAUUAGCUUUGCAAAGGUAUGAGUACCUUCAUACACACAGAAGUGUUUUUUAGAUAGCAUAGGUUUGCUCAUAACAUGGCGAUAGGGCACUGGCGGGCCGUUGGAAUAUAAACAGGAUAAAGCAUACAACGGCAAGAUGGCUGAUAAUAUUGAUAUCAGAAUACGUUUCGUCAUAAAACGAUCGUUUAAUCCAUACGCUUACCUUGAACAACAAACACUCUCUCUCGGUUGGCAUAGGCGUGCAGUUGCUGAACAGAUGGAUUUUGCCCCACUCUCGCCUCCUCACCUCUCUGAUCGUCUUCAUUUUGUUGUACAUUUUGAGUAAUGUCUUCUAUAUUAGCCUCCUCGCUUAUGUUACGCUCGGGUUCAAAUUGAAAAGGCUGAAGACAUGUUUAUACCGCUGUAGGGUCGCUGGAGAAUCAAGACCGUUGCAACCAUUUGACGUCACUACCCAGAAUGUAUUGCAGCAUACAAAUGCAAGGAUUUUUAUUAUUUAAAAAAAAAAAACCCUGACAGCUAGAGUGUUUUUGUAUAGCGGAUUCAUAUAGCAGAUGUCAGCGUUAAUCUAAUAAGCCAUACAAGUCUUCAUAGUCGGGGUUCCCUUUAACAAAAUAUCAAAAGGUUAAACAAUAAAGACAGUUUUUCAUAGCCUGCUUUGCUCAUAUUUACCAGGGGUGCCAAUAUUCAUGGAGGGCAUUGUAUAUAGAGAUCAUGGGACACUAUAUCCUUUACAAAGCUCAGCAUGCAUGUUUCAGUGAUGAUACAGCUGUCAUCAUUCACAUUAUUUUCUUGCUUAAUCAAUAUUUCAUAUGUGUAAUCUACUCUGGCAUUAACUGUAUGAACUAAGAACAAUCACUGUUGUUUAAUCUCAUUAUUUUGAGAGCAGCUGUUCAAAUAUGUGAUUUUGCUCAAACAAUUGACAGUGAUGAAGCAAAACCUCAUUGCUAAGCUUGCCAUUUUACACAUGCAAUGUAUCCGUAAACUGUCUUAGUGAAAAUAUCACAGACGUCACAGAGCAUUUUGUUCUAUAUAGGAAUGCUGGAUGAACUGUAAAUAUUUGUUUCAUGGAUAACUUUUGUUGAUUUCUUCAUCAUUAAACAAUCCUGUAAUGUAUACAGGAGGACUUCCUAUUCAGACACACCAUACCAUGUUUGUAACUAAUAUACAAUAAUAAAUCGAAUACAUAGUGGCCAAA